CGCGGAUUUCCGAUAUUGGCACACAGACCCCAGAAGAUGGCGUCGGAGCACCCGAGCCGCGCCCAGCGCGCUGCGUCCGAGGCCAUGGGCCCGUCGCCGAGCGGCGAGCACCCGUAUGGCCGCCGCAUGUCGGAGCAAGGGUACACGAGCCGGCGAAGCCUCGACGACGCGAUGGACGUGGACAUGGGCAGCCUCGGCAGCGACGGCGGCGGCUUUGCGGGCGUGCGCAUCGCGGUCCCGCCGCUCGAGAUCCCGUCGUCUAGCCUUGGCGAGCUCUCAAACUUUCGGCUGGACGCGUACAAGGAAGGCAACCUGGACCUCUCGAUGAGCAUGGACGCGUACGCGAUGAAUGUCAUCGAGGAAGGCCGGCGCGUGAUCCGCCAUUUCUUAGAGACGUGCAAGUGCUACGACGUCAUCAAGAACUCUGGCAAAGUGGUCGUCUUUGACGUCAAGAUUCCGAUGAACCUCGCAUUCUUUGCGCUCGUCGAGCACCACAUCAAGUCGGUGCCGCUCUGGGACGCGGACCAAGGCUGCUUUGUGGGCAUGUUUACGUCGACGGACUUUGUCAACAUCCUGCGCCACUUUUACAGCACAGGAUCGCCGAUGAACGCGGCGGCCGAGCACAGCAUUGCGUCCUGGAAGGCGCUGAGCCUGCGCAUGAAUUUGUUGCCGCCGACGCACUCGCAGAUGCUGUACGUCUCGCCCGAAGACUCGCUCCUCUCGGCCCUCCUUCUGCUUCGCACGCACCAACUGCACCGCCUCGCGGUCCUCGACACGCAGCAAAACUCGGUGCUCUCGAUCCUCACGCACUUUGGCAUCCUCGAGUACCUCGUCUCGACCUUCCGCGAGCAGCGCCGGCUCUUUGAUCAGUCGAUCGUCGAGCUCGGCAUUGGCACAUUCACGAACCUCAUCACGGUGCCCGAAGACACGCCGCUCAUCCACGUCUUGCACACGCUCAUGGAGCAACGGAUAUCCGCCGUGCCGAUCGUCGAUGCCAGUGGCGCGGUCGUAAAUCUCUACUCGGUCUCGGACGUCACGGAGCUGGUGAAGGACAGAACGAUCUCGACGCUGGACGCGGCUGUCGGCGACAUCUUGCGCGUCCAGCAAGCCGAGGGAAUUUUGGGCGACAACCUCCACUUUUGCUCCCAGCAGGACACGCUGCACAUGCUCUUUGAGAAGUUUGCGGCUGCCAAGGCGCACCACUUGGUCUGCGCGGACGAGAGCCGCCGCUGUGUAGGAAUCGUAGCGCUUAGUGAUUUGUUUAAUUAUUUCCUGCAAUAAACGGCAGCGCCAUGCACGCACCCACGUUCCCACCGACA